AUGGCGGUUAAAAUUGAACAAGCUCUCGGUGAGAAAAGGUCAUUGAAUGACAAUGACGAGGUUCCAAGGAAGAAACGGUAUAACUUCAGGAAGAAGGUAGAGCUGGAUUACUCUGCGUUGAAUGAAGGUGAGGAUAAGAAAUCUAAGUUUUUCCACCCUCACAUAGCCCUCUUUGAGAAGGAAUUUGAGAAAUGUUUAUCGAAUGUCACAGAGGACAUGUCUAUGACAUGCUCAGAGUAUUGCAAGAGGUUUGAUGAUAUUGACUUCCCAUUAAAGAUAUCUGAUCCGGAGAACUCUGGAAUGGUGGUUUCGACUAAUAAUAAGACUACGAGGGACCUAACAGUUGAUGAUAUCACUCAAGCUGUUGGUGAUGACUACUUCGUUAAUGUGAUGGAUGUGCAAUCACAAGAGAAUGAACGGUGGAGUCUGAGGGAAUGGUGCAAUUAUUUCAAUAAACCAGCAGAGGAGAAGGAUAGAAUAAGAAAUGUUAUAUCUUUAGAAGUUUCCCAUGUUGAAGAUUUACAAUAUGACAGGCCAGACAUUGUAGAUGAUAAAGAUUUGGUUGACAUUGUAUGGAAUAAUGUUGAGAAUCUUGAUACCGAGAAUGACCCAAGACCAAAAGUGACCAAGUACUGUCUAAUGUCAGUAAAAAACGCAUUUACAGAUUACCAUCUAGACUUUGCUGGAACGUCGGUAUAUUAUAAUCUUGCCUUCGGAAAGAAGAAAUUCAUACUUUACCCACCUACUCCAGAGAAUAUCGAAAAUUAUAUCGAAUGGUCUACAAGCACUUAUCAGAAUAUGCUGUUCCUGGGUGAAAAACUUACAGGUGGUGUGGCUAUGGAAUUGAAUGGUGGUGAUCUUUUCAUGAUACCAUCAGGCUAUAUACAUGUAGUGUAUACCCCUGAGGAUUCACUAAUAUUUGGUGGUAACUACCUUACUUUCCGAGAUAUAUCACAGCAACUUAAAAUUGUGGAUGUGGAAAAACAAACCGGUGUGACGAAGAGAUACACUUUCCCGAUGUUUGAUGAAGUCAUGGGCAGGACCUGUGAAUGGCUCUGCCAAAACCAAAAAAAGGGCAAGCAAAUGCAAGUUAAGAAGGAAACUGUUAACGAUUUAAUCAGUUAUAUGAAGUCAGGUAAAACUAAAUAUAAGCCUACCAAUUUUAUAAAUAAGAAGCAAAUGCUUCAAGAGCUAAGUAACUUGUAUCUAUAA